UUUGUCUCACAAAUCUCUACAUUUUUCAUCAUCUUCUUCUUCUUCUUCUUCUUCAUCGUUUGCUGGCGUGCUCGAUCUCAUCUUCUUGAACGAUCCUUUGAGAAGCAUCAUCAAUGGCUGAUCAGCUAACGGAUGAUCAGAUCUCCGAGUUCAAGGAAGCCUUUAGCUUGUUUGACAAGGAUGGAGAUGGUUGCAUCACAACCAAGGAGCUGGGAACUGUGAUGCGUUCAUUGGGCCAGAACCCAACAGAGGCUGAGCUACAGGAUAUGAUAAAUGAGGUUGAUGUUGAUGGCAAUGGAACCAUUGACUUCCCAGAGUUCCUCAACCUCAUGGCCCGUAAGAUGAAGGACACUGACUCUGAAGAGGAGCUGAAGGAGGCCUUCCGUGUUUUCGACAAAGACCAGAAUGGCUUCAUCUCUGCUGCUGAGCUCCGCCAUGUCAUGACCAACCUAGGUGAGAAGCUGACUGAUGAGGAAGUUGAUGAGAUGAUUCGCGAGGCUGAUGUUGACGGUGAUGGCCAAAUCAACUACGAGGAGUUUGUUAAAGUCAUGAUGGCCAAGUGAUAAAAGCCUCUAUGAAAAGACACAACACCUGAACAAUAUAAUUUUCUGAGCAGAUCAUAUCAUAAUGUGUGGUUCUUAUUUGAUCUUUUUCAGGUAGUUUAUUUGGUUAAUCUCCCUUGUGAAAGAAAGGAUGAUUCUAUCUCUUCUCUGUCCUUGAUUUUCGUCUCUUUUUGUAUUCUAUGAAUCUUUAUUCUGCUAGCAUUUCUUUCCAUGUGUGUUGUUUUAUCAGUGUUUGUGGUUUUCCUUGGAUAAUUCCGUAGGUGAUGAUCUCUGUUUUUUUCUUUCCUUCCCAACUCUUGCAACAUUUCAAUACCUGAAAUUGAUGGA